AUGGAGUUGGGGCACGGAAGAUCUGACGGGUUUUCCAUCACGACGAAGCAGGGAGAAGUGUGGAGGAGGCAGCGGGGCCCUUGCGAGCGGAAGGGAGGUGCAGCAGCGGGUUGCUGUUGGGGCGUGGAGAUAGAGCGGAUGUUCGAUAAGGUCGUGACGCCGAGCGACGUGGGGAAGCUCAACCGGCUGGUGAUCCCCAAGCAGCACGCCGAGAAAUACUUCCCGCUGGGGGCCGGCGCCGAUCGGAGCGGGGUGCUGCUCGCCUUCGAGGACUGCUCCGGCGAGUUCUGGCGCUUCAGGUACUGCUACUGGAGCAGCAGCCAGAGCUACGUGAUGACCAAGGGGUGGAGCCGCUUCGUGAAGGAGAAGGGCUUGGGCACCGGGGACACCGUCUGCUUCGGCCGCGGCGUCGGGGAGUCCGGCCGCGACCGGCUUUUUAUAGACUGGAAGAGGAGGCCGGAUAGCCGCCCUCUCCGUGGCCUCGUCUCCUUGGGCCAAUUCUUCAUGCCGCAUCAGCCGCCUCCGCCGCCGCCGCCCGCCGCCGUGGUACUGUACAAUGUGGUCGCGCCCACCGCCAACGUGCCGCAGGUAGUUUUCUUUCCAUCUCCCGCCAACGUGCUGCGGCCGGUCCAGGUGCAACCUGGCAGCAUCUUCGGAGGCGCGGAACCGGCUCACGAUCGCCCACCCAGCGACGGCGGCCGGCAGGCAAGGGACGAGAAGGGCGUAUGGCUUUUUGGGGUAAACCUCCUCGCCAGCGGCCGAAGGGACGUCGCCGGAGGCUCUAGCGACUUCACAUCGUCACUGGAAUCCUCGGAGGCCGCCGCUCUCAGGCCCCACAGCGUCGAAUCCUCAGAGGGCUCGUCGUCUUCGUUGUGA